GUGCAAACCAGCGACGGGAAAAACCUGCAGUAUUUCUCAAACGCCUGCCAGACUGCAUCUCAAAGCUGCAGCAGUCCUUGCGCUGGCUAAGGAUGACACGGGACCUGAAGAGUGAAAGUGGAGAUCAGAGUAAUAACCACUGUGUUAGUGUCAGGCCAACACAGUCUUCCUCUGCUGCUAAGAACAGGAACCAGAGCUGCGGUAACGUGGCUACGGGGAGUUUUUAUCGUGCAGUUUUAUCACACCCAAAAGACCAGCUAAGUGGUUAAAGUUAUAUCAUGCUUUUUGUUACCAAAGGAUAUAACAUAAUAGAAAAUAAAAGAGUAACACUUUACAAUAAGUGUAAACAAUUUAUAAAGCUUUUCAGCAUGUAAUGCCAAAAUAAUAGUUCAUGUUCACUGUGUACUAACUUAUGUUAUCAGGUACAACUUGUUAUUUUAAGAAAUCUGAAAAUUACUAAAAUAAAUAAAUGCUGUAGAAGUAUUUUUAUUGUUAGUUUAUCAUAGCUAAUGUAUUUAAUAAAGACAUUAUUGUGUUUUAAUUUUAAGAAAUGUUACUUGUUACAUUACACACUAUUGGGUUACAAACAUGUCGCCAGCUCAGUUACCACGCGCAGACGGGACACGUUUGAAUAUAUUAUACCCUGCCAUGAUACUCGCACCGCCCCCCCUUAGAUCAUACAAUGCCUGUUUACCGUAAUCAAGGUAGAAAACGCGCAAAACCCGUUGAGUUCGGUGGCAAAAUGUGAUUCUUUGGCAAUAAUAACAAUAUCGAAUUAGAGCAACGCACGUGUCUCUUCUUUAAUAUAUAUAUAUUUCAAUUAAACCAAAUUAUCAUAAAAUGAUAUUUAGUUAUUACACAUGUAAUAAAUCAUGUACGCACCUCGCUCACUUUUCCCUGAAAAAAUGUCCAAAAAUAAUGAAUUCCAUUUAAAAAUACUAUUUACGAACUAUCAACUACACAGUUCUGCAUUUUGAGACAUAUUACAUUAAGAUACAAUAAUGCUUAAUUGGUUCCCAUCCGCCAGAUAAAAUACCCCCACUACCAGUUGAGAUCCCAAACUUCCAUUCAAUCCAUUAUAAAUCUGUGAUGCUGCUGCUCAUUUCUGGGUUAUGUGCGCAGUAUGUUUUCAUAGGCUACUUGAGCCAAAAUGGCGUCUUGGCUGUCUGAGACGUGCUUUAACGUGCUUGCGUAGCAGUCGCACUCCGUCUGCGACCUCACCAAGUGCACUACGGUACAGCAUCCGAAGGGGUGUAUACACAUACACGAUGCGUUUCGAGAGAAAGGUGUAACUGUUCGUCUCCAGGCAGUUGUUCCGCAGGACUUCUGUACAUUUAACACUAUUUUGGGGGUUUGGAAGAAGAAGAAUGAGAGAAGUCUUCCGACGUAGCACGCGUAAACAUGAACGUUGCCCUGUACAUCUCGUUUUUCCAAGGUCAGCUGGAGUCCGCGCUCGAGCAGGUCGUGCAGCUCGCCGUUCAGGAAAUCACCAAGACCGUCGGGGCCACUCUGAAUUCGAUGCUGUUGGAAACGUCCACCAAAGAGAAGGAAAACCAGCGCUUGAGGGCGACCCUUCAGUCCCGGAAGCAGGACGGUGCAGGGAAAGGGAAAAGCAAUGCGUCUAAGGGAAGAAAAGAGACAAAGCAACACGCCCCCAGUCAAAGCUCUGAAUGCGGCGCGCAGAGCGAAACGCUCCGGCGUGAGCAGAAGGGUCGAGCGGUCGGUCAGUUGAAAGCUGUUAUGGAACACGUCCUGGUUUUCGCCGUUUGCGAGCUGACCAAAAUAGUGGAAGACAGCUUUGACGACCUGCUCGUGGAGUUCACCGAGAAAGAACGGGAAAACCAGAUACUGAAAGAUCAGUUGCGGGAUCAAAACGAAGAGGAGGACGAUGAGUUGGUCGGUGGGCAAACGAAGGAUUACUACAACGACUCCGACUCUCCCAGUAGUUCCAAAGUGGAAAGGCGAGAUAGCUCACAGGAGCCGUUGUCCAAAAAAGGACGAGAAAAGGAGCCCGCUGAAACUACCAAUGAACCAGACAAGCAGACCGUCAUUGCUGUUGCGCAGGACUGGGUGCCGAUUCUCGAUAAAGUGUUCGGUCAGAAGUGGUGCAGUGACCUCUGGCAGAUCAAAGAAGUCACCAGUGAGGAGGAAUGCACCGCGCUGGGCUCGGGUUCGAUGACGGAUGUGGACAGCUUGAUUCGAGAGACGCUCAUGCCGUCCUGCCUGGCCACCCAGAAGAAGCUUGACGUGGUACAGCCUCCGUGGUCGCAGUCGGAAGAAAUGGAAGUCCUUUCUCUUUCAGCGGACUCAAGAGGCAUUGUUAGUUCCACAGGUGACGAUUCUCAUAUCAGAUCUUCCUCCAUGUUACAAAGACUCCUGACUCUCCCGUCACAGUUGCUCGAGGGCGACGAGGAGUCCAUGGAUGCUGCACCCAGUUUGGAAGCGUCCCUGGAUCCGGCCGUUCCUGAAAUGUGCGGUGAACCCAAGAGCGAUCGGACCCCAGCGACUAUAAAAAGGGAACAAAGGAAUGAAGAAAAGGAAGAAGAUGAGCCGGACGAGGACGAUGACGAUGAGACGAAACAGUCGAAACACAAAGGUAGGAGGAAAGCUCAUGUGUGCAAAGAGUGUGGCAGAAAGUUCAGCCGUACACAUCUUCUCAGAGCUCACCGGCUGACACACGAGGAGACGGCAAACCGAUGCUCGCAGUGCGGAAAGAGCUUCUCGCAGCCGUCAAAGCUCCAAGCUCACUUACGGACGCACGCUGCCAAAGCAGUAUGAAAACACGCAGAAGAUAAAGAAACCAACUUUCUGCGAUUUACGAAAGGAGUGAGCUUGGGUGUUGUUUGUUUGGGCGAGAGGUUUCGGAUGUGAAUUUGAUUCCAGCCUGUCGGUCAGAUUUUGGUGUUUCAAAUCCAUUUGAAGUUUUUGUGAUGGAAAUAAAACAUCUACAUCACAUUGUAGCCUUUUUGUUCAUUUUAAGGUACACUGAUGUCACGAAAAAAACAGCGAUUUGUUUACCUCCAUUUCCGUUUCUUUUCAGUGUAGAAAGAAACAAACUCUGAAAGAAGUGUAAACAUCAGAGAAGGGUUGUGCCGACCACCAUUUUUCGUACAGACUACAUCUGUAAAUACUUCAGUGAUGUCAGAUGAAGCUGAAUGUGAAUUACAACACUCGAGCUAAGAAGGGAAAGAUGACCGAUGCUCAAACUCAAACUGGUCUUCGUACACCCCUCUGAAUGUGAACAGAUGAACGAUCAAAAUUCACCAUCGUUUCUGACAGUCUUCUGACUUUUCUUUAACAUAAAAUACCUCUGUUUUUAGUUCUUGUUCUGGAGUUUUUUAAAGAACUCGAGUUAUGUCAUGAAAUUUUAUUCAACUUAACAACAAGCAGACUUGACGACGACAACAACCAUGCGGUUUUUGGUUUGAAGGUGACAAUAAAUAUGAAUUAUUGUGUAAUGUGCAACCGAGGUGAUAUCUUCUUGAGGCAUGAAGAAAUGGAUGUGUUGAAGACACGCCAGAAAGAUCAAGUUGUGACGGAGGAAAUGGUUAUAGCACAGAAACUUGACGUUCAGUAUGAUUGCCUCCGUUUGCAUCCCCUUCAUUGACUUUCAAAAGAGCUGAUGACGGGAGAUCACACACCUGUUGUAGAUAUUACAGAAGUUAACUAAACCAUUGUAGCGUCUUCCUGUGCUAAUCGUGCGUAGUUCUUGAAUGGAUGUAUAUAGAGACAAUAAAUGCUGGUUGUCAAAUAUCGUUUUCCCAAUAUUGGUGGUAUCUGGGAUUGUAACGGAUUAUAGAGUCUUCCUUACGGAAGGAAACCUCCAAUCGACCCCGUCUCAUGUACACACUGAAUCUGAGGUCUCACUCUACAAAAUAAAACGCACAUUCACAGACGUUUUACCAAAUCUGUCAGUAAUAAACAUGAUGGAAAAGUACAAGGUAUUACUGUUACUCUCAGACCCAUACCUCAUCGCUGGGACCAUGUUUUUUUUGGGACGUCUGCAGCUCCAGGAGUUCUGGUCAAAAACGUUUACGAAAAUGGGACCGGCUUAUUUGUUUGCCUACUUUUUGUUCGUGUUUUUAUUGGGAUAUAAUGGAAAGUGUGGCUUGUUUUGUUUGCAGGUACCUUUUUAGCUAUAUGUCCACGCAAGGAGGUACCAAGAAUAUGCAACCAAAAUUUAAUGAAGGGAAACAUGUUUGGAGCGUACGUAGUUGUGCUAUAUGAGCUCAUUUAAAUGAAAUCUAAACAGUUACCCAAUUUUAUUUUGUAUUAUGGUGUUGGGUGUAAUGAUCGGGGUUAGGGAAGCACCAAUAUAUACAUUUUGGCCGACAACCAUAAGGAAGCUAAUAACUGAUAUAUUGGCCGAUUUACAGUAUCUUAAUAUUAAUAUAAUUUUUUUCUGAGCCUGAAACAAAAGGUAAAAAGUUGACAACUGCUCUUAUUUUAAAUUAUUGACCUCAGAAAACAAGGUAACAUUUCAUUAUUUUCUCUAAAAAUCAUGUACCAAGCCUACUUUAAACUAGAUAAAGAUUUUGUUUAACUUUUCUGGUAUAGUUGUAAUGUAAUAAGCAAAUUAUAGAUGUUCUUCCAGAGCAACCCAAAACAUGUCUAACAGGUCCUGGACUACAUUCUUUAAUGGUGGGUUAGUGGGAAGAAUUGGGGUGGGGUGUUAAUGUUUUAUUUAGCACUCUUAUUUUUUUGUAUGUUAUAAAUUUAGCAGAUAUAUGUGUUUCUUAUUAUUACCAAUAAUUCUGCAUAUCUGCCGAGCCAUCAAACCCGAAUAAUAAGCAAUUAUAUUUUUUAACAAUAACUAUUACUACAAGGAUAAAGCUAUAACGAUAACAAUACAGCUAUAUUAACUAAAACGAUAACGAUAUUGUUGGAAUCACUUUCAUGCCUAUUAUUUUGUCAGCUGAUCACAUUCAAUCAAAAUCCAUUCAAAUGUAAAGGGCUCACGCACUUAAAAUGUGAAACAGCAGUGUACAAGCUUACAAAAAACAAAAUGCUAUUGACGUUAAUAAAAUUAUCGCUAUAGUUAUCGUUCUCGGUGUGAACGGGCCUUUGUUGUUACAGCAGUACAUAUGUUUGAUGUAUUAAGAUAUACAGAAUAGAUUCCACUUGGGGAUGUUAAACUAAUCGAUCAUUACAGUUCAUUACAAUCAAUGCUAAGAAGGAAAUGACAUGUUUAAGCGAGUUUUGUUAUUUCCGCAAAUACGCCCAGAGCUACUAUAAGUAAAAUGAAUAUUUGAAAGACUGUUGCAAUGUUAUAUGGCUGUACUGUAAGUAUGCCAGUUUCCCAUCUAUUUAUGAGCGUUAAUAGAAAGAUCAUCAAAUAAAAAGCGUAGCAUGUAAUAGCGCUUCACAAACUACAUUGCAACGUUGUGCAGUACGUAGUGCAGUUCUCCACAAGCCUGAAAAACUGUAUGUAUGUUUAUCUGAGGUCACUGGGUUUCCUUUUUGUUCAGAGGCUUGUUUUGAUAUCAUGGAGGAUUUUAUCUUUUAGUAACAGGAGGAACAACUGUCUGCCAAACACUUUGUCAAAUGUUACGACCUUCUUUCAUGCAGUCAUUUGCCCAGAUAACUGCAUUGUCUUAUGAUCACAAACUACUUGAGCAUUUUGUUGUUUUGUUUUGUUAUGCAGGUUAACUGUUUUUCAGCUCUUUUAUAUCGGUUUAAGAAAUGUUGAUGUACGUGGUAGAAAAUUGUAACAGACCAAUUGGAUUAACUCUUUUCCAAGGAUCAUGAUUGGCAGGUGUCUUAUUAUACAACAUGGUAGCUCUAAAUGGAUUAUAUAGCAGAACAUCUGACCAAAAAAUGCCAAGUAUUAUUAUGAACCAUUGUUUUUAUAUAUAUAUUUUUGAGUUUGUCGCACUGUUCCUUCACGCAUCCAUACCUCAGUGUUGUUUGUAAGCAUUAUUACCUCAGAACUCGUUCUGGUUUGAUCAUAUUAACUUUUUCAUUUUGCUGUUGAGAAGAUUUGUAACAUUGAUUUUGGCACGGGAUGAAUGAGAACUGUCUACAUUUCUGAUUCAUGUAUGGUCAACAACCACAGUUAUAGAAAAUCUUACUAAACCUUUACUUUUCAUGUCGCAUAAAAUAUUUGGUUCCGAUUUAUGAUGGAUUUCUGUGUAGUUGUUUUCGUUUCAAUGGUUUAGAUUUUUUUUUAUUUUGAGGAUAGUUAAAACCAUCAUUAAAUUGCUACUUUUCCAAGAAAUUGUUUAUCCUUUACUGAAAUAUCUUUUAAUGUGACUGGAAGUAAAUUUGAAUUUGAAUCUGUAAAUUUGAAUUAUGGCAAUACAUUAAACGUUGGAAACUGCA